AUGCCUGUAUCUACGUCCUGGUGGAAGCAGUGUGAAGGAGGGGAAGCUGUGAAUCCAGUGGAUGAGGGGCGGGGGGACGUGGAGGUGGUGGAGUUUCCCGAUCACCUGAUGGUGCUGGAUUGUCUUAAAUGCAGAACUGAAGUCUAUGAGAAGGAGUCUGGCAUAAUUACCGGGUAUUUCCAGGAUUCAGGAGUGAAGCUGCUGUCCGCUGGACUUGAGAGUCCACACUGUACACUGGAAACUCUCAGGCUGUCAGGCUGUCUGAUCACAGAGGAAGGUUGUGCUUUUCUGGCAUCAGCUCUGAGCUCCAACCCCUCCCGUUUGAGAGAGCUGGACCUGACCUACAAUCAUUCAGGAGUCUCAGGAGGGAAACUGCUGUGUGCUGAACUUACACACUGCAGACUGGAAAAUCUCAACGUGGAGCCUGAUGGGGUCCAGUGGUUGAAACCAGGAUUGAGGAAGUAUUUCUGUGAACUCUCACUGGACCCAAACACAGCACACAAAUUCCUCAAACUGUCUGAAAACAACAAAAAGGUGACCGAUCUGAGAAAGGAGCACCCGUAUCCUGACCACCCGGAGAGAUUUGACUACUGGCCUCAGGUGCUGUGUGAAAGCGCUCUGACUGGUCGCUGUUACUGGGAGGUGGAGUGGGUAGGAAAGGUUUAUAUCGCAGUGAGUUACAGAGGAAUAGGACGGAGUGGAGACCGCGAUGGCUCCAAGUUUGGAGGGAAUGAUCAGUCCUGGUGUCUGAGCUGCACUGAUGGAGGAUACAACGCCUGGCACAAUAACAGUGGGACACUCAUCCCCUCCUCCUCGGUCUCUAACAGAGUAGCAGUGUAUCUGGACUAUGCUGCUGGCUCUCUGUCCUUCUACAGAGUCUCCUGUGACACUCUGAUCCACCUCCACACCUUCAGCACCACAUUCACUGAACCUCUUUAUCCUGGCUUUGGCUAUGGAGUGAAGUUUAACUCCUCUGCCUUUCUGUGCCAGCUGUAGAGCAUUAGCAUGGGCAGAAUCAAUACUGUGGUUCCAGACUGUUCAGCUGAUGGAGGUCCGACCGGGUCUGUUCCAGUCUUGGUAAGCUUGUGACAUGUAAAGAGUCUAAUCUGAAGUCUUCAGGUCCAGUCGUUCUCGCUGGUCGUCUGCCUCCAGAGCUGUCUUACCUGCACAGAAAUGAUAUCUUAAGUUUAUUAUUAUUAUUAUUUAAAGGCUCAGUUAGUGUUCAUGUUUGUUUAAAAUAGCUGCAGGAGGGGCCUCCGAGGCCUGUAAACCGUGUCCUCUCUGGACGACCUGGAGAACAAAUUGUGUAGUCAGAAAUCUUCAUCUUGCUAUCAACGAAAUGUGCAAUAAAUCCUAACAGUCGUUUUGAACAUUAAUGUACAUUUUAAUUUGGGAGGGUUUUGCUUGUACACAUGUAAGUUGCAUUUAGAUCUCUUAAAACUUUUACCUGUAAAAUAAGUUUAUGUAAUACCGACACUGUUCUGAUGUAAUACCGACACUGUUCUGAUGAAUGUACACCAGAGGGGACGGCAGUCAGUAGCAGAGUAAAUUAUCAUUAUAAGAUUACUGUUGUUAUUUAAUGUUUGGACAAGCAUUUGGUAACCUGUCUGCAGCAGGUCUGCAGUUUAUGUAUUUAUGUGUUUUUUUAUUACUUACUAUGUAUUUAUUGUGAACUCCUUCAACACUUACUGUGUAUUUAUCAUGUAUCUUACUAAGUACUUUGCAAAUGUUAUGUAUUUAUUUAUUAUUUAUUACGUACUGUUUCAUGUAGCUCCUGUGGUCAUUUUAUCUUAUUUUCUUUGUGUUUGUUUUUGUUCUGUAAAUAUUAAUGUUUCUGUAAAGCAGUGGCUGUCUGUGAAGAGCACCGUACAAAUAAAGUUUACUCACUCAAACUUU